GUUUAAUCACCAGUGUUGUAAUUUAUUAACGCUCCAAUUGCUAAUUUUUUGUUGCUAACAUGAGUGGUACCGUUGUAGCAUCGUAUGAAUGUCUGACUUCUCCAUUCCUUGAUAUUGUUAGCUGUCGAUCUUUCGACGAGUCUUCUGAAUGUAAUGAAUCCCAUGUUAGUCAAAUUUCUGAUGCAGGAAAACUUUUUAUAAGCAAUGACUGUAUUUCUAAUGGAACCACUGACACAUUCUACCCGAAGACUGAUCAGAGUUUUGACGAAGAAGUGAAAAUCAUAGAUGUUGAAGAAGUUGAGACGCCAAGAACAGCUUCACCGACAUUGAAUGACCUGAAAAAACGUUUGGCUGCUGCCUCCGUUAGCCCUAGAUUUACUCAAACUCCUCCCAUCUUUGAUCGUAAGAAAAUUAACAAUCCACUUCACCAAAAGUUUUUAUCGGAAGUUGCCUCAAAACCUUGUCUUUAUCCUCUUGAGAGAUUGUUCGAUGAAUAUAUUCCUGUAAGAUCACGGAUUCGUCCGCUGAAGGGAAAACUUGGACUUACCAGCGAAGUUCCGUCUGGAGAUCAGAACAAUCGGAUAACUUUCCGUUCGGUGUCUUCAAAAAAUUCUUUACACCUUCUAGAACAUACGCCCAUUUGUUCCCUUCCGAGCCCAUUGUUACGGCAAACCUACUCAUCAUCGGGGAGUUUGAUCUCAAAUUUAACAGAUUUGUCCUUUAACAACGAUGCUAUUCUAUCUAUUCCUUUGACUACCGGUCUGCAUGUAUCUGAGUUAUUAUCUGGUGACAUAAUAUUGCCUAAAGAUGAAUCAGCUUUUGACCAGAUUGCAAAUUCAUCAAUUAAUUCAAGUGAGUCUUCUCAUUCCACUGACAAACUCGCAUGUGAACCCAUUUCAAUCGAUAUAUCCGAUAGAAAGGAAGUUACGAAGUCUAUAUUCAGUUCGAAUCCCGAUUUGAGUGAAAAUCAGCACACAGAUCCAAAUAGUCAUAUCUAUCCCAGUGAACAAUAUUCCUCUUUUUAUAUACAAUCGUACAAUUCAGGUUGUCUCAAAGAGAAAAAUCACGCUCGAACUAAACGAUCAGAGACUAAAAAGUCGCUUAUCAAGACGGUUAAUUCUAAAAAUAGUGAUCUGUCCUGUACUGAAGUUAAAAUGCCUGUAAGUGACUCUAAUACGGUAAAUGAAAAUGUGAAGCCUCAUUUCAAUGAUUUGGAUAAGCUAGAUCCAUUUGAUGAACCUCUUUCGGAAAUUGAUUGUCUUUCGUCUCUAAACACGCUUGAAAAGUCAUCGAACAGAAGAGUGUUAUUUAGUGAUUGUGACAAAGUUUCCGGCUCAGUUGCAACAAAUCUAAGCACUCAUUCAGAUUUGUGUAAUAUUUCGUCCUUCCCAAUUAGCUACAUGAACGAGGAACCUAAAGUCGUUGAAGAGGAUUUUACUCCAGUGACCAAUAAAAGGUUAAGACGUAAGCAACAACAGCAUUCAAAGCUGGUUCAGAGUAAAGCUUGCAACUUUGAACAGUCAUCAAAUGAUUUUAUUGCAAAAACAUAUAGUCAUUUACCUACACAACCGGUCAAUAAUGGAAGUACGUUCAUUCAGCAUCAUGUUACACGUCGACCCAGUGCAAAUGUAUCCAAACGUUCUGUGCAGCGUGGGGGCAUGUAUUCCAAUGCACAUGAGAAAUGUCAGUCUUCCUCUGCACGCUCAGCAACCUCCUUGCCAAACCCUCAAGACACCGUAUCUAGAAAACUCAGUAAUACAGAUAAUAUUUCCUCGUCCAAGUCAAGUAAUCUAACCAAUCACAAACCAGCAUCUACUCCGUAUUCUCAUUCUGCAAAUCGUGAUCUGACUUCUCAGAAAUCUGUACAUACCAAUCCAUACUUAAAUUCCUCCCUUCGAUAUUCUCAAGUGUUAAAAAAGCCAUUUUCUAACAGUAAUUCUGUUAUCCUCUCCUCAGACGUUCAAGGAACCCUACCUGCAAUAACCACAGGAACAGUUAGUCCAGUCCAGUAUGAAAUGCUUAAGCAGUUCAUGAUAUCUGCGUGGAAGUCGUUUAUGAAAUCUUGAACAAUACAAAUUUAUAGUUCACUUUUUUUUAGUUGUUUCUAUGCAUGCUAUAGGUUUAUUCCCUUGUAUUUGUCUCAGAGCGUAGGAUUGUUAACUUCUCAUAUAAAAAGUGCCUACACAUCAUUUAGUUAGUGGAAUUUUGUAAGUAGAAAAUUUAGUCUUAGUUACUUAUUUUUUUAAAUAAAAUAUAGCUAUUUAUCUCUCAGGUCAUACACUUAGUGAAUAUAUUUUACACUCUCCAUACAAAAUGCAGUUUAUAACGCUGUAUAGAUAACAUUUUCUUAAACUUUCAAAUUAUCACAGUAGUAAUUUUAGAGGCUGAUAAUCCCAGAAGUUGAAAGUAUAAUUUCAAUCUUCUUUGUUUAUUAUUUGAUUAAUUUUGACACAUCUGAUGAUAUAAUUUCUGUAGUUUUGUGAUUAGUCUUUCCCGACUCACUUUCAUCCAUAAUUAUAUCAGCAAUACUGUCUUUCCUUUGUCGAAUUUUGCAUUUGUUUAUUCCAGUUCUAUGUGUGUUACUGAUAGAUACUGAUUAGCCUAGCAUACUAUUCAACCGGGAUGUCUUUUCUUACGUAUGUGUUAUUCACUUCAUCCAUUAAAUUAGUUGUUUUUUUCGGGUGAUAUAUACCGGUAUUAGUUUAUGUAUUUUACUGUUGACUUAACCUCAUUAUUUUUUUAUAGUACUGUAUUUCAUUUUUACAGUAGUUCGUAGCAGUAUAGUAUCCAGUUACUUACUCCAAACGAGAGCAUUUGAAUCAAUCUUUCUCCUGUUAACAAAAUCAUUUUUUGCUUUAGGUAUUAGAGUAUCAUCUGAUGUAUCAUUGUGUUGUCUUAUUUCUUUGUACAUAUAUGUUGUCAUGUGUAUGGUUAGGAUAUUUUCA